GUCCUGGGGAGUGUGGUUUUGGUGUAGGUGUUCUGAAUUGGACUGCUCCACCGUCCGGCAGCACUGGAAGAUUGAUGAACAGUGUAAGGUGUCUAUUGACCAGCCAGCCAAAAGCGCUGGAAAAAAGGGCCGUAUAGGGUAUGGAGUGAGGGAGAUAGGAGAGUUUGUGCAGACUUUUCGGGCCUUCCACCGCCAAUUCGUUUUUCACUCGCCGUGUCGUGAGCGUUCUGUUCACAGCAAUAGCCUGGCAUCCAACUCUUUUUGCUGUACAGUAUCUAGUUUUCGCUUCUACGAUAGUUUCGCUCCUAUUAUUUCGCUCCUAGAUAACACACGCGGUUGAUUCCAUUCCUUGGUUCUCUGUCUGGGUUCUAGCGUCCUUGCUUCCUGUAUGCUUACUUAUACUCAAUAACUCCGCGGCUCGUAGCGCCUGGAAUUCCCAAGCGGUUCGCGCUCUGCUGGCUUUUGUCAGCAAACGCACCGUCCUGUCAUAGCAGCAUAAUAGUAUUCUGGUUUCCAUCGGCCGCAGUGUUCUUGUAGGUACGACCGCAGGAGGUGCGGCGCCUUCGGUCAGGCUAAUUUCAGGCAGCUGGUGGUCGUCACCGCUGUAAGAGAGUGGUUGCGAGACAUGUGCAUGCCUUCGGGACCAGAUACGGCGGGGCAACGCAGCAAAUGGGACCCGCUGCUCUGUUUCUUCGAUAAUAAAGCCAUGGCGCCGGGGAAAAACUAAACCACUUCGUGACUCCAGCCGUCUGCUCGUUCAGCACCGAUUUAUCGUUUACCAAUGGUUUAGGUUUUAACUUACGGCGUUUCUCACUGGCACUUGCGUCCCUACCUCUCCGAACUGCACUUGCUAUAUCCCCAGGAUACUUGCGCCUGGUUCUUUUCCGCCUCAUCCGCCACGUUAUUCGCGAUGCCGCGCCAGCAGCCACCCCCCUCCCGCCUGCAAGUCAUCUAUCAAGGUUCCGCCUCUUCCCCCGACGGCUCCAUCCGCGCGCAGCCGCAGCCCUUGCGCCCCAACUCUUCCGCCAUCAAGCGCAUGGGCGGACUGGGCCGCGCUGUUUCCCUCGGCUGCCCCCAAUCAACCAUAAGCGCAGGCCCAGGUUCCGGCGUGGGGAUAGGUUCCGCUGGUCUCGGUUGCUCUGUGGGAGGGGUUUUCGGCGCAGGCGCACCAACCGCCAAUCCUGGUGCUUCCGCCAUGGGGGCUGAGGUUCCGCCAGGAGCAGGGUCCGCGGGAGCUGCUGCGCUCGGCGUGAGGCUAGCGCCUGGCGGAGCCAUCCCCGUGCUGGUCCGCCAAUCCCUCUGCAUCCAGUUCGUCUUGGACCCCUGGACCGCGCGCAUCCGCUGCGCCAGCGCAGGCGCGGAGCUCGCUCUGGGGUAUUCUUCCGCGGAGUUUGACCGCCUGUCGCUCUGCCACCUCGUGGAUAGCCUCCCCCUGGCGGACUGGCUGCAGCUGGUUGCGCCGCUGGCGGCGGGAGACGAGCUAGGCGCCAGGUUUAACAUGAGCCUGGUGGGGAAGGGGCGCGCGGGCGCGGGGGGAUCGUUUUGGGGAGAGCAGCAGCAACAGCAGCAGCAGCAGCAACAGCAACAGCAAUCGCAGCAGCAGCAGCAGCAGCAGCAGGUCUUGCUUCCCGGGAAAGCCACCCCCCGUUUGGGCGCUACGCGUUUCAGCGCCGGCGGCGGCAACAGGAGCGGGCGGCUGAGCGGCGCUGCUGGGCUGUUCCCCCGGUCAUCGUCCACGACGGAGCCCGACCUCGCCCGCUCUGCCUCGUGCAAUGUGUUCGACGCCACGGACGACGACUCCUCCUUUGACUCCGGCCCCGAGGAUGGGAGCGGCAGGGGCGCGCGACAGGACCCCGCCUGGAAGGGGAUGGAGAGUGGGGGAGAGAUGGGGAUGGGGAUGGGGGCAGGUGAGGAGGUGAUGCGGGAGAUAGCAGUGAGUGUGGAUCUGCAGUUUCUGGAGGUGAACGGAGAGAGGGAGCUCGUGGCAACGGCUCAUGAGGUUCCUGCUGGUGGCAACGGUGCAGGGGAAAGUGGCGCCCCCACAUUCCUGCAGCAGCCGCAGCAGCAGCAGCAACAGCAGCAACUGCAGCCCCUGCAGCGGCACAGCAGUCAGCAGCUGCAGCAGCAGCAGACGGCAGCGCCCCCGUCGCGUCUGAGCAAGUGGCUGAGCCUGGACGUGGGGCUGGAGAAGGUGUCUCUGGAGGGGUUUGAUGCGGUGGAGGACGGUGACAAGGCUGCAGAGUACUAUGGUGCGACGUCGACGAGCAGGAGGGGCGUGAGAGGGGAGCGGGGGGGCAGAGAUAGGAAGGCGGCACUGGAUGGCCUGGGAGGGGGAGCGGGAGGGAAGGGCUUGUCGAGACGGUCUCGCCUGGGUUCUGAUGGCAGCGGCACGAUCUCUCCCCCCCUGCUCUCCGCUGCUGCUGAAGGACCGCUUUGGCUGCCCAACCCUGCUCUCAGGGACCUGCUGGACCAUGUGGGGGCGGCGGUGUUUGCCAUGCGCCUGAGCACGUGCGAGAUCUCCCUCGCCUCGCCCACUCUCGCCUCGCUGCUGGGCCGCCCCCUCUCCUCCAUCUCCGGCCGCUGCCUCAACGACUUCAUCCUCCCUGACGACCUGCAAGACUUCCAGGCGUGGGCAGCAGUGGUGUCAGAGGCAGCACAAGGCGGGCUGGCAGCUCUAGGGCAUCACCACACGCACUCGCAGCCCUCGGCAUCCCUCCACCAGCCAUCCCAGACCCAGCAGCAGCAGCAGCAGCAGGAGCUAUACCGCAAGGAGUUCCGCGUCUCCCUUCCCAACAGCAAGACCCGGCACGUCCGCCUUGCUUGCUGCCUCUCCCCGCCCUCCUUCCCCUCCUCCUCCUCGGCCUCUUCUGCCUCUGCCCUGGCUCUAUCUUACUCCUCCUCCCUCUCCGCCCUGCUACCUGCUUCCUCCCUCUCCUCGGCCUCUCUUUUCGGCCCUAUGGAUGCUCCUGCUGCUGGUGGUACCGGUGGGUCCACCUCGGGAGGUGGUUUGCUCAUGUGUGCGCUUGUGGAGUCCCCUCUUACAGUGGUGAAGGAAUUGUCUCCCAAGGACCAGCUCACUCUCUCGUCCGACCCGGCAGUGGAGAAGGCACGCAUGGUGGUGGAGUCGCUGCCGGUGGGCGCGGUGUGGGUGCAGCAGAGGGAGGACGGGGGUGCGGCCGUGCUGCUCAACGAGCGCCUGGAGGCGCUGGUGGGGUACUCGCGCAGGCACUUCACGUCCCUGGAGGCCACGUACACUGUGCUCUUCCGCGACAAGGCCAUGGAGGCGCGGUCCAUAUUCGAGCGUGACAGGGCGAGCGGGCAGGAGGUGCCGCGCACGCAUGUGAUGGUGCGCAAGGACGGCGAGCGGCGCUGGGUGGAGGUGGCCAGGAGCAUCUUCCCGGGCGGGGAGCUCUGGCUUGUCACUGACGUCACGCACCGCCUCGUGCUGCAGGAGCGCUUCCGCCUGCUCUUCGAACUCUCCACUGACGGGUACCUGCUGGUGGUGGACACAGGCAUCAGCGACUGCAACGAUGCGGCGGUGCAGUGCCUGCGACUGAGCGACCGCAGCGACCUCAUCGGCAAGCGCCUCGUGGAGCUGUCCCCGCCACUGCAGCCCGACGGGCGGCGCUCCGAGGACAAGUACGAGGAGAUGCACGCUCUGGCGGCCGAGCAGGGCCACACCAAGUUCGAGUGGGCGUACGCAGUGGGCGACGGCUCCACAGUCCUAAUGGAGGUGACCCUCACGCACGUGGUCCUUCAAGGCCAGCCCACGCUCCUAGCAGUCUGGCACGACCUCACCGACAUCAAGCUCCACGCCGCAGAGCUCCAGGCCGCAAAGGAAGCAGCGGAGAAGGCUAGCCAGGCGAAGAGCCAGUUCCUAGCCAACAUGUCGCAUGAGAUCCGCACCCCCAUGAACGGGGUUAUCGGGGUGGCCGAGCUGCUCCUGGGCACGGACCUUACGGCGGAGCAGCGGUCGUACCUCGAGAUUAUCCGGUCGUCGGGGGAUAACUUGUUGAGGAUUAUCUCAGACAUUCUGGAUCUGUCCAAGAUUGAGUCGAGGAACCUGGCGCUGGAGUCGCUUGAGUUCGACCUGCACCAGCAGGUGACGGAGGCGCUGGCGCUGCUGGAGGUGGUGGCAAAGGACAAGGGGCUGUACCUCGAGGUGGAGGUGGAGGAGGGUGUGCCACAGAUGGUGGUGGGCGAUGCAGUGCGGUUGAGGCAGGUGCUGCUGAACCUCAUCUCCAACUCCAUCAAGUUCACCGACACUGGCGGAAUCAGUGUGAACGUGCGCCUAGCGCUGCCUGCCGAGAUCGCCUCAGUGAGAGCAAUCCUGGCAAAGCUACCAGCACCUGCUCUCAACACCAGGGGCGCUGCUGCCGCCAGUGCCGGCGCCAGUGCCAACGCCUCUGCAGCAGGCUCUGCUGGGGCAGGUUCUGCUUCUGGGGGAGCAUCCAGUGCCGCUGCUGCUGCUGCUGUGUCCUCGUCCCUGUCGCUGUCUUCCGGUGCGGCAGGGCCCGCGCAUGGGAGCAAGGAGGGCAGUGGCGUUGCUGGUGGUGGUGGGGCGAGUGGUGGAGGGGAGAGGGUGAUGGUGCGGUUUGAGGUGCGGGACACGGGCAUAGGCAUGGACGAUGCUGGCAAGAGCAGGCUCUUCCGUGCCUUCUCCCAGGCGGACAACUCAACGAGCCGCAAGUACGGCGGCACGGGGCUGGGGCUGGCGAUCUGCAAGAGCCUGUGCAACCUGAUGGGCGGGGACAUCGGGCUGGAGAGCAAGGUGGGGCAGGGCUCCGUCUUCUUCUUCUUCGUGCACCUGCUCGUCGUGCCCGACCAGCCGAGAGCGGGCGGCGCUGCGUCGUUGGAGGCGGAGUCGGCGGAGGAAGGGCUGCUGUGGCGCCACCUGCAGAACAUGAGGGUGCUCGUUGCUGAGGAUAACAAAGUCAACCAGAUGGUGGCGACGCGCAUGCUGCACAACCUGGGCAUCAAGUACGACCUCGUGGAGAACGGCCGACUCGCGCUCAGCGCGUGCGAGGCGCGCAAAUACGAAGUCGUGCUCAUGGACUGCCACAUGCCAGAGAUGGACGGGUUUGAGGCGACUCAGAAGAUCCGCGAGAUGGAGGUGGAGCGGGUGCAUGCAUACAAGGAAGCCAAGGCCGCCGCCAAGCUCCUGCAGCAGCAGAACCCCGGGAACCCCCCGCCGCGCCGCCACCUCCCGCGCCCCCACCGCACCUUCAUCAUAGCGCUUACUGCAAGCGCUCUUAGCGAGGACAAGGAGAAGUGCAUCGCAGCAGGCAUGGAUCACUACUUAUCCAAGCCGAUUCGUCCGAGGGAUCUGGAGAGAGCGAUCAGGGAGAGUGUGCUCGCAUUGAAGGACCUCCAUGCGGAGGAAGGGGCUGCGGCGGCGGCGGGAGGGGGCGGAAGCACGAGCGCGUCGGCUGCUGCAGCGGCGGCGGCGGCGUCGCGGUCGCGGAAGAGAAUGGCUAAGCUGAGUCUUCAGCAGUCGCCGAAUGUGGACAUUUGGAGCGAUAUUGCGAGUGAUUCUGACAGCAGCGGAUUCUUCUCGGAUGCUUCUGUCUCGUCGACGAGCAUGAGGAGGUACGGAAGGGGAGGGGGAGGCGGGGGGAGAGGGGGGGGAGGGGGGCGGGACGGAGGAGGGGAGGGGUACAGCAGUGGCGGGGGGAGUGGGGGCGGCAGACACAAGCCUCCGUUGUCUUCCCCUCGGCGCAUGAGACCUGUGCCGGAAGGGGUGGGUGCAGGCGCGGACGCAGGAGGCGGGGGAGGGGGAGGAGAAGGAGGAGGAGGAGCAGGGGGUGGUGCUGGCAGUGGCGGUGGUAGGAGUGGUAGUGGUGUUCGUAGUGGUGUGGGGAGUAGAGGCCAUGCAGGAGGAGGAGGACGGGGGUUGAAGACAGAGAGUGAGGAAGAGGAGGAAUUGGAAGAGGAAGAGGAGGAGGGUCGGUGGAGUGACAGGGGGGUGAGUGAGGGGUUGCGAUCCCCAAGGUCCCCUAGGGCAGGCAGCAGCUGCAGUGGCAGCAGCAGCACGAGUGGUUCGGAAGGGAGGAGAGCAGUGGGGAAAGGAGGAGGAUCAGGAGCAAGAGGGGGAGCCGCAGCACAGAGGCAACAACAAGGCUAUGAUGGGCAGAUGUCUCCUCGCAGUCCCAGGAGACAGGCAGGGGUAGUGGCAGCGGCAGCAGGAGCAGGGGACUUGGGAGGGCCUUCUAUUCAGUUGAAUAUCGGGGCAAGCAGCAGUGGGCAGGGCGGCAGUGGCGGUGGGGGGGUGAAGAAGCAUGGUGUGAGGGAGGCAGAUGGGGUGAGGCCGCCACUGUCUCCGAGGAGUAGAGGCAUGAAUCUGACUGCUGCCUCUGCUGCCCGUGCUGCUGCUUCUGGUGGUCUUGCUGGUGCUGCUGGUGGUGGAGCUGGUGGCGGUGGCAGUGGUGGGUUUGGAUGGAGUGAGCAUGGGGAGGAGGCAGCGGAGGAGGAGGAGGAGCAUCUGUACCUGGGGCAGCAGGAUGGGGGGCUAACAAGCGACGACGGCAGCACAGGGAGUGCACCCACCAUGGAGGAAAUCUGGUCCAAGAUCAGCGGCGGAGGUGGAGGGGGAGGAGGGGGGGUUGGAGUGGGUGGGCAAGGAAAAGGCAGUGGCGGAGGGGGAGGGGGGGGCAGCACAGGAAUCAGUGGGGGGAUUGGAGGUACAGGGGCGGGAGGGAGAGCAGUAGGAUCUGCUACUGCCACACGAUCGCAUUCAGCUGCAGUGCCCAUGCUAGGCCUAUCCCCCACGUUCGCCCGCCCCUCCAGUCCUCCCAGUAUUACUGCUGCUGUUGACUCCAUUUCCCCACGCACCCGCCCCUCGCCUUCCCCGACCCGUCGGCGCUCCCUCGGGGGACCAAUUGGGCGGUCCCAUGCAGGGGCAGGAGGAGGGGGGAGCGGAGGGGAGGGGCGGGCGGGUGGGAGAGGCGCAGAGGGAGGAUUUGGAGAUGGGAGUGGUUUUGAGACAGAGGGCGCCGACGGGUUUGCUUUCAGCAUUGGGUCUCCCUCGCCCGCUCCUUUAAGCCCUGAACGCCCAGUCAAGGCAGCAGCAGGAGGAGCAGGAGGAGCAGCAGGGAGUGGCGGUUUUCCUAUCAGUGUAUCUGCAGGGUCAGCCUUCCCCAGCUCGGUGUCUGCAGCAGUUGUGACCUCCUCCUCCAGCGGUGGGCUGCUGUUGAGCCCUCGCAUGGACUCGCGCCUGCCCCGGCCUGAUGACCACCGGCGACGCAGGAGAGACAAGGGGGGCGCCAUAGAGGCAGGCCACCCAGGAGCACCAGCACCAGCAACAGGAGUAGCAGGAGUCGCAAUAGGAGCAGGAGGAGGGGGAGCAGCAGGGCCAGGAGGGGGUUCUUGCUCUAGUGGGACGGGUGUAGGGGCAGCAGUUGGGGGUGUGGUGGGCGGUGGGGCAGGUGAUGCAAGGGGCAGGUCUCCCCUGCGCUCCCCUGCCCGCGCCAGGCCCACAACACACCCAGCCACGGCUGCUGGCGGUGGCGGUGCUUCGGGUACCUCUGCUGGUUCCAUGUCCGGGCAUGCAUCUGGAAGCGAUGGGGCAUUAGACAGAGAGCGAGACCACCCCCAUCCCCAUCCCCACCCGCACCCUCACUCCCAUCCGCACCCGCAUCCCCAUGGCCAUUCCCAUUCCCACUCCCCUCACCAGCACCCAUCAAUCCCGCACGCUGCUACUACCUCCAUCCCUCGUGGCCCCCUGCACCAGUCUGCUGGCCUGCGCCGCUCCCUCACUCCCGAGGGGGGCGAUUACCCCGGUUCCUCACUCCUCUCCCGCCUCACCAAUCUCACUGCUAGUGGGGACAGCACAGGGGCAGGAGGAGCGGGAGGAGGAGGAGGAGGUGGAGGUGGUGUGGGGCAGAGUAGAGGAGGUGGAGAGGGAGGGCUGGGAUCCAGACACAUACUUGCAGACCCACACAGUCAUGGGAGGUUGGGAGGAGGCGGAGGGAGCGGGGGCAGUGCUGGCGGAGGGGCAGGAGGAGGAGGGAUUGGUUACGGGGUGGGAAUGGGUGCGGGAAUGGGAGGCAGAGGCGGGGCGGGGGCGCCCUCCCCAUUGUGGCGCAGUGCGAGUCUGGAGCCGCCCAAAAGGCAGAUCCGCACGGGCGCACAGCAGAAGGAGGCGCAGGAUCUUCGCAUGUGGAUAGACCGUGCCACCACCUCCAAGCUGGACCUGUGGAUCGACCAGGUGGUGAGUGGGGGCGCAAGCAGCCCCAGUGGAAGCAGCGCAAGCGGCAGUGGGAGCGGGAACCGGCCAAUGACAGCUGGAGGUACCAGCCCGAGCAGCAACAUCACUGGCGCCACUGCUUCCUCUGCAGCUGCUGCUGGUGGUAGGGUGUCUUCUAGGGUGGCAGCUGGUAGCACAGAGCCCUUGCACUUGCGGUUGCAGGCUCUGAAGCAGCAGGAAGGAGGGGGGGGUGGCGGAGGGGGAGGCGGAGGAGGAGGGGGAGGGGGAGGGGGAGGGGGGGCGGACAGCAGCAGUACAGGGGAGCAGGGGGAGGCAGCAGGGGAGGGGGGGGUUAGGGUCGCCGGGGGGGAGCCCUGGAGAGAGUCCAAAAGGGGCUGGCGGUGGACCACCACAGCGAAGAAGCUCUUCCUCGGGCCACUGAAUGUAUAAGACCUGCAGAUUGGGAUGAAAUGACAUGUGACGCGUGGUUGAGUCGUGAGCCGCCUGUCUCAAGACGCGUGGGCUUUAGGCGGUGGGAGUUGAUGUGUGGAAGAGUGCUAUCUUAUUGGAUGGCUUGUAUUGUCACCGGCCACAUAAGUUUCGGGUGAAUGGCUAUUGGUCAUUUAUUGCUUCGUAUAUCCAAGCGUGGUGGUUAAUUGUGGAGCCACCAUGAUGUUUCAACUCCCAGAGGUACCUGAUACGAGAUGUGAUGCGCUAUGAGCUUGAAGUUGAAAUUUAAGCCAUCGGGAAUCAAACCGACGUGAACCCAACUGAACCUGCUGCUGCCUGUAAUCCAGAAUCUCUCUGUUGACAACCGUGCCCUAACUGCGGCCUCCUAGUUCCACUGCCACGUCGUCACGCGCUUCCUUUAGCGUUUCCGCUAGUUAGGCUACUAAAUCUUUCGCGAGCAUCUUUAUUCGCGGAAUCUUCUCCGCCUGACCACCGUCUCUCUGACAAGCCACAUCCUCCCGUUUUCUCUCCUCUCUCCCUCUCUCCUCCUCUCUCUCUCUCUCUCUCUAUCGCUAUUCGGUCCCGUGUUUGCUUCUCCUCGAUCGGACUUCCUGCGUCGCGAUUCUCGCGUGUCUAGUCUUGCUCUAAUCUAUCGUCAC